AUGCUCUCCUCCCGCGGCAUCAAAAAGGCCGAAUUGCCAAAAAUACCCUGGCGAUAUGCCCCUCCACAUACAUACAACAAGGAAAGCAACCCCGCGGGGCUUAUCUCAUUUGGCAUGGCAGAGCAUGUCACAUUUACCGAGGACUCCGUUGGCUAUGGAUCAAGCUCCUCAACACCCAACCGUCUACCAAAGGCAGUGGCCUCCCAUCUCAACAACAUUCUGAAACCACUUUCGCCGAUUGAGCCAGAGACAGUCAUUGUCGCUAGCGGCAUCACUGCCAUCGGGAGCAUGCUCAGCUUCACAUUGGCAGAGCCCACAGAUGGUAUCCUAGUCAGUAGACCGGUCUAUGGACGCUUUGAACUCGAUUACGGGGUCGAAGCAGACGUGCAGAUCGUGUACGCAGACACGGAUCCCGAGGAGGCAUUUACCCCUGCCGUGGUAGACAAGUACGAGGCAGCGCUUAAACGUGCAGAAGAGAAUGGGACCAAGGUUCGAGCCGUAUUGAUCGUGAACCCGCAUAACCCUGUAGGUGCAUGGAAAUUCUCCGGUUCUGUAAUAAACACAAACUCCAUCUCAUCAGUGACGAAGUAUACGCAUCCUGUGUCUUUGACUCGGGAGACCCGAAUGCUGUCCCUUUCACUUCGGUCUUAUCUAUCACAAGAUAAUCAGGACUUCGCAGCCGGAGGCCUCCACCUCGGCUUCCUAAUCACACAAAACACGGCCCUUCGACAAGCUUGCAAAGCGAUACUGUCGGUUCCAACUCCGAGACUCCACAACGCCUCAACAGCCUCCAUAACAAUCGGAGCAACCAUCCUCGAAGACCAAGACUUCAUCACCCAAUUCACCCAGGAAUCCCGCCAAAGCCUAGCAUCAACAUACCGAAUCGCCACAUCAAUACUCAACCAUGAAGGCAUCAAUUACGUCAAAGGAGGAAAUGCAGGUUUCUUCAUCUAUAUCGACCUCUCGUCUUAUCUUCCUUAUCCUGAUCGCUCGGUCCGAGAGCGUGAGUUUGCCCUGGCGCAGAGGUUCCUGGAUGCCGGGGUGUUCUUGCAUCCGGGUGAAGAACAUGGGAAGGAGAGUGGAUGGUUUAGGCUUGUGUUUGCGCAUGAGGAGCAGGUUUUGAGGGAGGGGCUUUGGAGGUUUUGUGAAGUUUUGGCUGAUGCUAAGGUUUUUUGA